AUGACUAACCCUCAAGAUAACCCUGGUACACCCAAUAACCCUGGUACACCCCCACCACGUUCCUCAUCUUCUACUACCCCUCAACCUAGGAAACGACAGUUAAAAAUGCUUGCUCGAAAAACUGUGGCUAGAGGUGCGCUUUCAAGGAAACUCAACGCACAGUUACAGGUAACUUCUGGAACAAAUACUACGAAUGAGGUUAUUUCUGUGUUAGUUGAAAAUCUGGAGAAUCGGUUUGUUUUAGUUGGAUCUGUAGUGGAUUUGGAAACGCCUGAGUCCAAAAGGAGAGGAGGUAAAAAUAAAAGAGAAAAAGAAAAAAAGAGUGAGGGUGUAAGAAGUGAUGAGAGGGGAAAAGGGAAAGAAGUGGCUGAUUCUUCACCUACCUCUGAAACUGAUAGGAUGGCUAUCUGCGGAGCAGAGUCAGAAAAGGUGGAGGAAAGUGGCAAGAAAACAGGGGGAAGUGGAUCAGGAGAAGCCGUUGAAGGGCUGGUUAAUCUUGGAAAGCAUACAGAUGAACCUGAUUCAUCCGUUGAAGAAACCCUAGCAGAUCUUUUGAAAAAGGUAGGUGACAACUAUAACCCCAAGAAAAAGAGAACUCCUAAAACAAAGAACCCUGGCACAGCAAGAGCCAACAAAAAAAGGAAGGUUGCUCCUUCUGACACCACUGAAAUUUCUCUCCCAAGAGGAAGAGCCACGAGGAGCAAGCUGAAGCAAAGUGGGGAGGAGUUGCAGAAAGCCUUAGAAGAAAGUAAGAAGAAAAAGAUGGAUAAAGGGGAAAAAAAAGUGGGAGAGCCUGUUGAGGCUGUUGAUGUGGAUGUGAUGGACCUAGUCCAUCAAGGUGAAAAAGUGACAGCUGAGGUGGAGGUUCAGACCCCCAAGCCCAAGAAAGCCAAGACUUCUUCUAAGAAGUCUACAUCAGUACCCAAGUCUGCUGAACCAUCUACCCUGGCAAAGAGGACCAAGUCUGCAGUGAAACCUAAACAAGUAAACAUUGCUGAAGAAGGGGAUUUGAGUGAAGAAGAGGAGGAUGGAUCAGAUAGUGAAGUGGACAAGCUGUCCAAGUUUGGCUAA